UCUAGAAGGCUAAUUGGAAAUGGGGAGAGCAACACGUAAUAAAACUUCCCAACAGUUUAUUGCAAUCAUUCGAUUGAAGACGCCCGAGCUUGUGGAGUUGCGGAUCAACCAGAACGAAAUCAAUGGAAGCGACGGCUGUGCAACGCGAAUAUUCGAGCGUACCAACGUAUCCAUCAUUCAUUCAGGUUCCAUUCCCCAGACAACCCUGGAGGAAGGUGACACUUCAGCAGUUUCCCUAUCUGAGGGUAGAACGGGAAGGAAUGUAUCUGGUACACCGAGUUUGCUACUAGAUUUGGGUGUGCUGCUCUUCAGUUACUACAGUCAAGUGAAGCAGAAGAAUAGAAUUAUGUUGUGACUAGUAUUGUAGUGUAUUGAUUGUUAGUGAAGGGGCGUAGCCUAUAGCUAUUCAGCAUGUCUGUUUUGAUUACUUGCCACUUAGCGCUUCCGUUGUUGUUGUGUUCAUAUAGUAAGCUGAAUAGAGUAUCUAAAGGAA